AUGCUGCCCCACGCUGGGCCGUGCCUCCCCUGCUGCAGCGGCGCAGGGCGGCUGCCAGCAGUGGUGGUCCGCAACCCAUUCGCCCGGCUGAUGGCGUACUAUCAGCGCGCAUGGCUGGGCAACCGCCAGAAGGCGCUGCAGAGCGUGGACGAGUUCCCGGACUGGGUGGAGUCGCUCGCGGCCGCGCAGGCCGCUGGCGCUUACGGGGAGCUGCUGAGCCGCGGCCAGGCCCGGGGAUGA